UUCUUUUUUUUCUUUAUUAGUUACUAUUUAAAACUCCCAGAGCCACCCGGCCCAUCACGACUUUCCUUGUUCAUCGGCUUUAAUUCACAAGGGUUCUUAUUGUCCUUGACGGAUGUACAUAUUAACAAUAUCUUCUACCUAAUCCAUUGUUGUCAACUUUUAUAAAACACAACAAUACCAUUCGGUAUCUCACAUUUUCCUUCAGCGCCGACCUUUCGUCAACCCUCUUUUAUUCGACCGUCUUUACUUCUUCUACCUUCGUUCCACCGAUUUCGAUAAAUCUGCCAGCCAGAUCCCCGGUUUACCAAAGAAACAAAAUAUAGAUUCGUAACAAGCUGCUGGCAGUCUCAACAGUUGGUUUCCCAUUUCUUAGAUUUCCAACUAUGCCGCCUAAGUUGCGCAACGCUAAUGCUUACACUCCUAGGGACACGACCCUAGGUAUCGCAAAAAUCACCGACAUCAUGGGCUUCAAGUCUAGUUCCGGAUUCCAAGGCUCCGCCUUCAUUAUCCUCCAGGUCAUCCGUGCUUGCAAUCUUGCCGUUCUGUUGGCCGUCAUCUUCGUCUCGGGUAUCAUGAUGUUCUUCGCCAAGAUGCCCAACGGCUUCCAGUUCUUCAAUGACGUCUCCCUCGCCUUCGUUAUCGCCGUCGCCGGUCUCCUGUUCUGGACGGAGCUACCGAUCAAAAUGGGUAAGGCGAUGAUCAAUCGAAACUGGCCAGCAAUCGGCGAAGACCGCGGCUUCACCUGGCUCGGCAUCGCUAUGAUUCUUAUGGGAUGCCAUCAUCUUGGUGCGCUCAGCAAUGAUACUUACAACAACGAGGAUGUACCAUUCCAGGUUUGGCAGGCUAUCAUGGCAUCCGGUAUCAUCGCAAUCGCGUUUGGCGUUACUAACGUCAUUGCCUCGCUCGUCUUUAGCAACAGGGCGAGCGGCGUUCAUGCUCGAGAGGUCCGCAACAAUGGCGCGACUACCAGAGAUGUCAACUUCACCGAAGAAUACGACAGCUACCGAAGCAAUUCGAUUCGUAAGGAAAAGGCCAAGAGUAGAUUUUCCAUCUUCAACAGGGGCAAUUCCAAGCCCAAGAUCAGCCACCCGAUUACUCAUGAUGUUGAGUACGGAGCUUGCGAUGACCAGCUCCCCAUCGACGACCGCAGCAGUCCUAUAAUUCCCGAUGUGAAGCGCCCCCCUACUGCUCUACACCCUGCCUACAAUGCCGGAUCAAGAUCUAGCCGGUAUAGCGAAGCAAGUCAUCUUGAUCGUUUUGGUGAAAAUAGGAUUUGAAACGAACUGGACGGGGUGCUUAGUCCACAUACUCUUAGCAUAAGGCACGGUGUUCACUGAGAUGAGGCGUUUGGUUUUGCAAUUUCGGAUAUACCCAAAUUAUGGACAGCGGACAUUUUGCUUUAGCUUUUACUGUAGCAUACAUUAGUAACAGUCAUAAUUAGGUUAGGUAGGAAAGCGAUGCAAUGGCAGGUAUUCAAUUUGAUUUUUUUAAUUUUACACUACGCGUUAUUCAUAAUCUAACGUGUGUACGUGACUUGGAUUAGGUAGAUUAAUUGUG